CUUUCUGAUUUGCUUUAUAUCUUUCAUUCCUCAACUUGAUACUGAAUAUUGAAUCAUAAGCCCCAAUAAGAAAAAGAAAUUGGCGCAUGCGUUGUCUCUGCUCUUCUUCCGAUUACCGACCUCAACAAUUGUGGAGCUGACUUUCGCCCCCCGUACCGGGACACUAAAUCAAAACAUUGAGCGAAUUGACACUCCUUCUUCCUCUCGUGCAGCGUCCUAUGGGCCGAAUUGAAUGACAGUCUUUAUCCUGCGACCUCUUCUCAAGAGAAUGAUGCACGUGUAACCGGACACUCUCGCCCCCGAAUUCACAUCGUACACGCACGGAAAUCGACCCCUCCUUUUUCAACUGUUGAGACCGAGGAGAGAUUUCACGAUGGUUGUUUGCGCGGGACCUUCGUUGACGGUGGAGUCUUAUGAGGAUUCGGAUACGGCGACUAGUACUGGCAAGUCGGAAGAGGAGAAUAAGCCGGUUUAUAGGAGGAGGCAUUCAAAUUUCCAUCCUAGACGGAAGAGUGACGGCGGGAUGGAGGACGAUAGGUUGUUACUUAGGGUGGAUAUCUUCCUCUCUGAGUUGGAGAGGAGGUUAGACUUUCUCGAAAAUUAUGGCAAUCUCAAUUUCGAUGCUGGGAUCUCGAGGGCGUAUGCUACAUUACAAGCUGUGCGAGCACAUUGCUCGCAGGUCUCGGGUGAGGUUAUAGGUGCUGGGAGGAGGAGGGCUAGGGUUAUGGUCGAGACUGUUGAGUCAAGAUAUCAAGAUGCGCUGGCUGCGAAGGAGACGCUGAAUGAGAAGAUACACACUGGUAUUGGUCUCCUCGAAACAAUAUUAUCGGACUUCGAAACGAGGGCGUACAAGAUGAGGGAACAAGGCUUUGCUGGUGCGGCAGAGACACUUAUGGGUGAAGGACGAAGAGUUGUUGAUGAGGGGUUCGAGAGAGCUAGGGAGGUGGUCGAUGAAGGUAUUGAGCGUGCGAAGAAAGCUGCCGAAUCUAUGGAGGAGCAUGUCCAACGUGCUAUUGCCAGAGCUCGAGAACACGGCCUCAUCAGAUAUGAGGAUCUACCUAUUCCAUGGAGAGUCAACCCUCACAUCGUGAAGGGGUAUCGCUUCAAGGAGUCCAAAGUCGACUGUAUACGAUCCAUGUUCGGCAUCUCGAAUGAGCUGGUCAAUAUCUGGUCCCAUGCUAUUGGUCUUAUGAUCGUCCUGGCCAUCGCAUUUUAUUUCUAUCCCACCAGUGUCAACUUUUCGCUGAGCACGAAGGUCGAUGUUUUCAUCGCAGGCGUGUUCUUCUUUGCGGCCUGCAAGUGCCUUGUCUGCAGCACCAUGUGGCAUACGAUGAAUAGUGUGGCUGACCAGACUCUCAUGGAACGCUUCGCCUGCGUUGAUUAUACUGGUAUCUCCCUGCUCAUCGCGGCUUCGAUCAUGACUACGGAAUAUACAGCUUUUUACUGCGAACCUAUCAGUCGAUGGAUCUAUAUGAGCGCAACCGCUACUCUUGGAGUGGGAGGCGUGAUCCUGCCAUGGCAUCCUACUUUCAAUAGGAUUGACAUGGCAUGGGCAAGAGUAGCAUUUUAUGUGACCCUUGGUGCUACAGGAUUCGCUCCAGUCCUGCAGCUUAACCUCACUCGAGGUAGCGCAUGGGCCUGGGAGUUCUAUGCACCAAUUGCGAAGAGCAUCACUGUUUACCUCAUUGGAGCAUGUGUGUAUGCCAGUCAAGUGCCAGAAAGAUGGUGCCCAGGUGCCUUUGACUAUAUUGGUGGCAGUCAUAAUCUUUGGCAUUUUGCUGUGCUUGGUGGCAUCUUAUUCCAUUAUUUGGCGAUGCAGGAGUUCUUCUCUGGAGCAUUUGCUAGAGCACAAAAUGGUUGUGCUUUAUAUUGAGAUUUGGAGAUGCAUGAUGAAGUGGGAUGAUUUCAAUGUUCGGCAUGGCGAUGGCGUUGGUGCAUCUUAAUGAGCUUUCUGGAAGAUAGAGAGUAGGAAAAGAUAGAUGUCUUGUCUACCAUAGAAGAGGUCUCAAUCUCAUGUCACAUUCAAAACCCAUCCAGGUCAGUGACGAACCAGGCUAUAUAGUCCAAACUAGAACAGGACAUUCAACGAUCUAUUUCUAGAAGUCAUCUAGAACAUCU